UAAGGCCGCCAUAGUUAAAUAUCUAGACCUUGAAGGCCGCUCCAGCUGCACGCCGCCGGUUCUACUGAAAAUGUGUUUUUCACUUUAGCACAACAUACUACUCUCGACGAGAAGACCUCCGACCAUGAAAGGGUCCAGGAGGAAGAAAGGUCCUUUGGAUCAAUCGAGUCCAGGCCAUCCAUAAGAUCUGAGCCAGGCUCCUAAAUGAGAACCCAACUUUAACUUGGAUCAAGGUAGGCAUUUGUAACUCGAGACAUGUUACAAAAGCAACUCACUUACGUUGAGUGAAUCUAAGUGCAUGACCCUGGUAAAAGUAGCCAACAGAUCUGGUCUCUCUUUUUUUGCUCACUCCAUCCCGUCUUCUUCCGUCCAUGUUAUAAAUUGCAAUGAAUCAGUUCCAUUAUGCAUCGUCACAAACUCACAAGCGCAAUGGAAUUUGAUUUGGCACUUAGCAAAGCUCAUUCAGAAAGCAGGCCAAAGUCAAUUCAGAGCGUGCUCUAAAGAUACCAUUACUCUUGGACUCUGAGAAAGAAUACAAGGGUCAUUGCAAACUCAGGGAAAACGCAACUUGGCCCAAUUAGGGGCUCGGGGUGUUCUACACUCGCCAGAAAACGGCUGAAUCGUAUCAGGAGGCCGGAAAGCUUCAGCCCGACUCAAUAUGGCUGAUAACCGCGAGAGUUGGGAUAGCCGCAUUUCGUUCCUCUUGGCGUGCAUUGGAUAUGCCGUGGGAUUGGGCAACAUCUGGCGGUUUCCCUACCUCUGCUACAAAUCUGGCGGGGGAGCAUUUCUGAUCCCUUAUCUGAUCAUGCUCUUUCUCUGUGGACUUCCAUUGCUUUUCAUGGAACUCACCGUGGGACAAUACACGAGACGGGGACCCAUUGGCGCAUUGGGCAAGAUUUGUCCCAUUCUGAAAGGAGCGGGAGUGGCCACCGUGGUGAUCUCAUUUUGGUUGUGCACGUAUUACAAUGUCAUCAUUGCUUGGGCUUUGAUCUAUUUGGGCUCUUCGGUGGAAUCCCCGUUGCCAUGGACACAUUGUCACAAUGCUUGGAACACUGAGAACUGUGUCGGGGUCCAUGGUCUCGGUGACAACGACGCGGUAAAUGACUCUUUGACAAUCCCCAUCAAGACUGAUGGAGUUGCAAGUAGCCAAGAAUUCUUUGAUCAUCGAGUCUUGGGUAUCACCAAGGGGAUUGAAGAUUUUGGAUCCAUCCGAUGGGAGUUGUUCGGGUUACUGAUCCUGGCAUGGGUUAUUGUCUACUUCUGUCUGUGGAAAUCUGUCAAAGCCACGGGCAAGGUGGUGUAUUUCACGGCCACGGUUCCUUACGUCCUGUUAUUUGUUUUCUUGAUUCGGGCUCUCAGACUUCCUGGAGCCAUGGACGGACUUCGAUUCUUCUUGGAACCUCAAUGGGAAAAGAUGCUGGAGGCCAGGGUUUGGGUGUAUGCAGCAGCUCAGGUAUUCAACUCCAUUGGCAUAGCUUUUGGAUCUUUAAUUGCCUUCAGCUCAUACAAUCGGUUCCACGGUCCCAUUUUGAGGGACACUUUGCUGGUCACCGUCAUCGAUGCCCUCACGUGCAUCCUUUGCGGAUUUUGCGUGUUUUCAACGAUGGGCAAUCUGGCUCUGGAACAAGGGACCACUGUGGAUAAAGUGGUGGCCGAUGGACCUGGUCUGGUUUUUGUCGUCUUUCCCCACGCCUUAUCUGGGUUACCUUUACCUCGCGUUUGGUCCGGAGUAUUUUUCUCCAUGUUACUCCUGCUGGGAAUCGAUAGUCAGUUUGCAACCGUUGAAGUCAUUAUCACGUCCAUCAAAGACGGUCUGGGAGAUCGGUUUGAGCACUAUUUCAAACGCCACGAACUUCUUGUUUUGGUGGUGUGCCUGGUGUCCUGUGCAUUUGGAAUUCCCUUCGUAUUCAACGGUGGCAUUUACUUUUUUCAAAUUGUGGAUUACUACGCCGCCGCGACUUCAUUGAUGUAUAUCGCUUUCUUUGAAUGUAUCGCCAUCGUCUGGAUCUAUGGAGUGAAACGGAUGAUGUCCAAUAUCAAGGAUAUGACUGGACAGAACCCAAAUAUGUUUUUCCGGGUCUGCUGGAUCUUUCUCUCGCCCGUUUUCAUUUUCGUCAUCUGGAUGUUCAGUAUUGUGGAUUACAAGGCUCCCACUUAUGACAAGGGCAAUUACAUUUACCCGGAUUGGGCCAUUCUGUUAGGAUGGGGCGUGGCUUUAACGUCUUUGAUACCGAUUCCGAUUUUAGCACUGGUUGCCAUCUUUCAAUCCAAUGGAUCCUCUAUAUGGCAGAAAUUCAUCUCAUCAACCCAAUCGACGAUCAAGCUCUGUCCAUGUGGUUGUGAACGGGAUUUGGAUUCCAACUUUGAAGCGCACAGUUCCACAUUCACCCUGAUCGGGUGCUCAGAAAACAUGGACCCGACCAACAACUCUUGUGAUGCUGUGGGCAAUCAACGGUUGGCUAACCAAGUAUUGGGUCAAGAUUCUGCCUCAAAAGUGGAAAAAGCAUAACACAGUCACUUCAAUAUCAAGCGGGUGUCUGGUUGUUGGAACACAAUUUCCAGGAAAGCGGAGAGCUCAUGUAAAUCAUUAGAUUAGAUGCACAAAACCUACAAAGGCAAUAAUAUCAAUAAUUUUGGAAAACAAAACAUGUUCCGUUGUUCGCCUUUCUCCAUUCAGUUUGCUUCGAAUCGAACUGUCCAACUUAAGGUACAAGUUUUUCUUUGA